AUCAGUUUUAAAAUAUUUCAAUCACACCUUGUAAAAAUCGCAUCUGGUGUGAACUAUUUCAAUUAUAUGUGUAUCUAAUUAACAUUUUUAUCUUACAAACAUGGAGGAAAUCGAGACAAGUCCAAAGGCCGUACUUAAGUCAUUAAAAUUCAUUAGUGUGCUAGGGUUCGGUAGUUUUGGAAUUGUUUUCAAGGCACACAACAAAUCAACAUCAGAGCAAUCAGCAGUAAAACUACUAUUUCCUAGCAGUCAGGACGACACGUGGGAUAAACAUUUUGAGACAUCAAUUACACAGAGUUUAAAUCAUCAUGAAAAUAUUGUAAAUACGAAUCGAGUUUUUGAAAAAGCUUUUACACGACGGGAGCUUCUUUCUCUACUCAAGAACGUAGAACUGGAUGAACUUGGAAACACGUUUCUAGCCAUACCCUUACACCGGGCGGAAACUUAUGGAGAAAUUAAUUGUUGCUUUAUUCAAAUGGAGUUAUGUGGUUUCACACUACGCACCUGGUUACAAAGUGACAAUUGUAAAAAAGCCAAAGAUACUAUGGAUGUCAAGAUAGUGACAAGUAUUGUUAAUGGACUUGGAUUUCUUCACAGCAACAACAUUAUUCAUAGAGAUUUGAAGCCAGAAAACAUAUAUUUUAGUAAGGACUACCAGUUUCCAAUAAAAAUAGGAGAUUUUGGUGUGUCAAGAAUAUUUGAACAUGAAUCUCCAGACACGCUAACAUCGGGUAUCGGAACGCCGUGCUACGCCGCUCCAGAAAUAUUCACAGGGCAUUAUAGUGCUCAGGUCGACCUGUUUUCUAUGGGACUAAUAAUAUUUGAAGUUCUACAAAAAAUAGAACCUGGGGAAAGGCUUUACUUAUUUAAUAGGCUUGUCUCCGAUAGGGAUUACACCGUUAUUAAGCGACACAAUCUGAUAAUAAACUCGAGAGAAAUUAUUGUUGCACUAACUAAUAAGCAUGCAGAAUUGAGGAUUCAAAAAGUGGAAGACAUACAUUUCAUAUAUGCAAGUGACGACGAUUCCUCCCAUGGCUCAUCUGGCUCAUCUUUAUUAUCCUUGGGACCAUUGGAACUACGUGUAAAUACGAUGACCAUUAAUAGAAAAGGUGGAAGUAGCCUAUUAGAGUAUGGAGUCCGGAAACCUGUCUCAAAUUUUGUCGGUCGUAACGAACAACUUGCAUGUAUGCGUGAAUGGAUCAGGCGAGUUAAUCCCGGGGUCCUAGUACUAUCAGGAAUGGGAGGAAUUGGAAAAACAGAACUAGCUCGUCACUUCAUUGAAACGUUUACUUUUUACAAUACUAGCUCAUGUAUAAUCACAUGGUUCGAUGGACUUUCAAAUUAUGACUUGCACAAAUCUUUACUUCAACUCAGCAAGUAUUUGGGAUUUGUUGAUUCUGAACAACAUGAACUACAAUCUAUUGACGGAAUUAUUAUAAACAUAACAAAAAACAUCGAGCAAAAAAUAAGACCACAACACCCUACUGCAAAAUGGAUAGUUGUCUUUGACAAUGUUUUCGAAGAUGACGGACUAACCAACGGAUUGAAAAGUCUUAUUAAUGCUAACGCUUUCAUAUUGAUAACAACACGAAAGUCGGGCAUGUUUGCUGGUGAAGCGGAACAAAUUUGUCUGCAGUCCUUCACAAUACGAGAAGCGUGUACUCUGGCUAACGUGUUAAUUUCUGUAUCCAAUCAACAAGCAGUUGAACAAUUAUGUGCUACACUUAAUUAUCAUCCCUUAGCAAUACAACAAGCCAUAUCGUAUAUAAAAUGUCAGCAAGUUACUUCCCUUCGUGGAAGCUCUUAUGGCAUAAGUAGUUUUAUUAAGGAGUGGUCCGGAGAUAGCAUACAUAUUUUGAAACAUGAACUAAAAUUAAGCUCCUAUAAUGUUAGCGUAUACAAAAUGGUAACAGGCACAAUUGAGCAGAUUGAAUCGCUCUUUAAGGACAGAGGAGACCGGGCAAUUCAAUUACUUUUGAUAUUAUCUUUAGUUCAGUGUGAAGGAAUUAGGCUUGAUGUUCUUUAUCAUCUGCUUAACGACUGUGACAAAUCUUCUCUGGGUAGAAUUCUAGACUGCGAGGAUACCGACCUAAUGGAAAUUAUUGAGUCGGAGUUGGCUUUAUUAAAAUGUUUUUCCUUGAUCGAAUUGGAGGCCGAUAUAAUUACUGUUGUGAGAUUGGUUCAAAUCGUGAUAAAAAAUGUGUCACCCUGGGAGGAUGUAAUUACCAUAUUAAUGGAUGGUAUUAAAAUUGAAGGAAUUUCCGAGUCUUUAAUUAAUCCUGCGGUAUGUAUAUUGUUUCAUGCUCAGGGUACCGAUAGGAUUUUAUGUAAAUUCCGCUCUCCUGCAUUUCCAAGACGACUAGAGAUGAGAAUUUCUUCGUUCGGAAUGAAUUAUAAGGACAUCAUGAGAAAUAAUCGAACCCAGUUUUAUAGUGUUUUCAGUGGAGAUAAUAUUUUAGAAAAUACGGGACGGCCAAAAAAAGCCAGUCAAGGAACCGACCAUGUUCAACUUGGUCGGAAAAUUUUAUUAAAACGAAGUCGGAAAACCGUGCUCGAUUUUAAAUCCUAUAACCAAAAAAUCGAUAAAAACGAAAUUCAGAAGCGAAAUUGCAUCCUUUGCUAGUAUUGUAGGAAGUACCAUUCAUAGCGUAAUUUUAGUACUGAAUAAAUACUACAAGUUAUAACUCAUAACAUAACAUUUUUAAUGCCGAGAGAGUUGGUAUUCAAUUCAAUAGUUUAUUCAAGUGUAAAAGAAAUACAUAAUAUGAGGGUUCACGUUGAUCUCAGCAUUGUGACACAUUGGUUAAAAUAAGUUAUAAAAAUAGAUGUAUAGAUAUUGCAGCUCUGGUAUUGGAAAACUGCAAUCUUGUCUUUACAUACUACUAAAUUUUGUUGUCGCACGUUUGGGCGAUACAUGACGCUCGCCUGCAGGAAAACUCAUUCAUUUCACACUUUCCACACAGUCCAUUCCAACUCCAGUCCAAACGCAAAAUUCGAAAAAUUGGUAUCACCACUGAAAAAUUAAUUCAAAUUGGAUCCGACAGCACUUAUUAGAUCCAGUGAUGAAUACCGAAACCGUGGAGGAUUUUUAAAUCUUCCAAUUUUCCUAAACUACAAUCCAUCACAAUCAAGUUACUAAAAUAGCCAGAUUAUAGGAUCAACACCUCCUCGCCUCAACAAUUGUGGAAACUUUCUCCAUUUGGCGUUGUUGUGGGUCAACAGAUGGCUGUGUAGGUUUUAAAACAUAGGACAAUUGCAAAAUUACGACAUGACUAGUUAGUUUGUUUAGAAAAGCGUUAGUAUUUAUAAAAUAUUUAGCCAUAAAUUUCGUCAAAUAAGUUGUAUAACGAAUUACGUAAUGCCAUACGAAAAAUAAUAUUUCUGUACAUAUGUUAAUGUUCACAUGUAUGUAUGUAUCAUCCCUAUUUAUGUUUAUACUUAUAAGUAGUUUAUGUACAGCCUGUAAUCAUAAGUAUUGGUAAUUUACAUAAAUUUUAUUACAUGACUCAUGAUCUUUGACAUUUGAAAUUUUACACAUAGCGGAAUAAACUAAUCAGCGAAUAGCAAAUAAAGAAUGCAAUACAUUAAAUU